GCUGAAAUCUGUUGGCUAGUUUCACUAUCAACCUCCCACUUAUUUAUACCAAAAAAACUUCUCCAUAUCUGCAAAUUUGCCCAAAAAAACCAGCGGCGUCCAAUUGCUUGAAGAAGACAACAAUCCUCCACACCCCGAAAAGCAAGGAAGAAGGACCUCCAUUGAAAAGGAGACCGGAGAGAGCCUUUGCUGUUUUCCGUCGCUGAACAAUUAUCUCAUCCUUCUCCGAGAGGAGAGCUUUCCUUUUGGGCUCGGGAAGCAGGGCGGACGAAGAAGAGCGAGGCGAACGAGAAAAGAGAGAGAGGGAAGAAGAAGAACAACAAUGGGGAAAGGGGGUGAGAGGAUUUCAUCAAUGGCGUCGGAACAGGAGAAAGACGAAGGCGUGGUAAUGGCGUCGGAUUUCUUCUGGUCUUACACCGACGAGCCUCACGCCUCCCGCAGAAAACAGAUCCUCUCUCAAUACCCUCAGAUUAAGCAGCUCUUCGGCCCUGACCCCUGGGCUUUCCCCAAGAUUGGUGUGGUUGUGAUCCUCCAGCUAUGGACAGCAACAUUGCUCCACGACUCAGGGUGGCUGAAGAUGCUAGCCAUUGCCUACUUCUUCGGCUCGUUCCUAAACCACAAUCUCUUCCUUGCAAUCCACGAGCUUAGCCACAACCUCGCCUUCUCCACGCCGGUCUACAACCGCUGGCUCGGAAUCUUCGCCAAUCUCCCCAUUGGCGUCCCCAUGUCUGUCACUUUCCAAAAAUACCACCUUGAGCACCACAGGUUCCAAGGUGUGGACGGCAUAGACAUGGACAUUCCAAGCCAGGCCGAGGCUCACAUUGUUCGCAAUGUGAUUACCAAAUCCAUAUGGGUUCUCCUCCAGCUGUUCUUCUAUGCUUUCCGCCCACUCUUCCUCAAACCAAAACCACCUGGCUACUGGGAGUUCCUCAACUUCUUCGUCCAGCUUUCGCUCGAUGCAGCCAUGGUUUACUUCUGGGGGUGGAAGUCCUUCGCUUACCUGAUCAUGUCGACGUUCGUGGGGGGAGGGAUGCACCCGAUGGCGGGUCAUUUCAUCUCUGAGCAUUACGUGUUCAACCCUGAACAAGAGACGUAUUCAUACUACGGCCCACUCAAUCUGCUGACUUGGCACGUAGGGUACCACAACGAGCACCAUGAUUUCCCCAGGAUUCCCGGGAGAAAGCUUCACAAGGUGAAGGAGAUUGCUCCAGAGUAUUACGAGAGCUUGGAUUCGUACAAAUCGUGGAGCCAGGUCAUCUAUAUGUACAUCAUGGACCGCACGGUUGGACCCUUCAGCCGAAUGAAGAGGAAAGUAAAGAAAUCGGAGUAAAGUUCCAGUUGAGUUCUCCAUAGGCAAACUACAUUCUUUGUAGCUUUUGAACAUUUGUUCCUGGCGGGGGCAUCAGUUUUGGGUCGAGAUUUUAUUUGAUUUGGUUUCUUGGGCUUCAAGGGAAAUUGUGGGGUGUGGUUAUGGUUGUUCUAGGUUGUAGCUAUUCUUCUUCUGGGAGGGUUAUCUUUUACUUGUAGUGAAAGAAACUGCUACUAGAGUUUGUGAUUGCUGGUUUCCUGCCCUAGUGAGUGUACCAUGGAUCCAAGUGGAAAUAUGGAACAGAAAGGAAAGACGGUAUGUGUAUUUAGCACUGAGAUAUUUGCGACUUAAUACAGUUGAGUUCUUCCACUUUUUUAUUCUUUGUUUGAGCCUUGGCAAAAACCAAUUGAGAGGAG